GUGAGAUUACCACACAACCACUAAACUGGCUCUACACUACCCACAACCCAGGGGCCCUAACACACAACGGCAGCUCUACCAAAGUGAUUCUCCAGCAAAAGACAACUACCAAUAUGAGGAUAAAAUUCAGAAGUUUGAGCAUUUCCAAUAUGAAUAAACUUUAAAGAAAAGGCGUUGGUAUCAAUUUUUAUUUGUGUCUAAAAAAGGCUUCUUUAUCACUAACACAAGUGACAGCAUGUUCAUAAAAUAGACAGGAACUUCAUUGUGUGUGUGUGUGUGUGAUACUGCAUAGAUAAAGCAUAUAAUAAACAAGAUACUUGUCAUCUCAGACGAUCGGCUGCUUUUAUGUCAGUGUUUUGACAAAAGCCACUGUGACAUCCAUGAAACCGUCGGUGUUGUUUAUAAAAGCAAAACAAAAAUUUUUUAUUUAAAAUCUUCUGUGGUUUCUGUAAAUGCUAUGGAUAUUUUUAAUACAGUAAUACCGUCAAUGUUCGGGAAGACAAAUAACGGCACUGACUAAAGAACCCUCUUGGUUUCCUGUAUGGACAUAGUCUACUCUGUUCUCUUGGUACCCUAGAAGUGUUGGUGGCUAAAUAAAAUUCAGCUGCAAUUUACAGCAUAAGAAAAUUUAAAGUGGUAUCUUCUUGGUUCGAAGGAAAUUUGUCUGAUGUUGGCAAACAUCAUAGUCAGCCCUGAGUGAGACUUGACGAUUAGUGUUGAAACAUGAGAAAAACGCAACUCAGCAACUUGUCAGCUGUUUGUGUUGCAUUUAUAAGGCUUGAGUGCUCGUGAAUCAAUAUUGUCGCUCCAACUGGUGUCCUAAGGCAGUUUUAGCUUCUACUAUCACAGUACUACUGCUACUAUUAAUAAUAAUUAAAGCAGCCUUGUAUAGAAUUACUUUAGUCUCAAACUAUAAAUAUUCAUAAAAUUGCUUUGAAGUCACCUUCCCUGGAAUCCAUAUGGUAAUCAAGGGUGUGUCCUGGAAUUGUUAUAGUUAUACACAGAUAUAUCCAGAACUGUUGUGCAUAUAUACGUUUGUCCCUGAAAUUGUUGUAACUUCACACAGUUCCCAGAAUUUAUGUAGCUACCCACAGUUGUCCUACAUUUGUUGUAGCUAUAUAUAGAUGUCGCAGUUGUUUUAUCUGUAUUAAAGGUUGUCCUUGGAAUUGGUAUAGUCUUACACAGUUGUCCCAAGAAUAGUUGUUGCUACACAAAGUUGCUUUGAAAAUUGUUGUAGAUACACAAUGGCCCGCAAGACUAUGGCAGAGGUUCGUGGCCUGGUGCUGGGCUGGGGGCCUAAAGGAGGCGAGGACGCACCCUUCAUCCAAAGGUUGUGGCCAGCCGUCCUGACUGGUGCUGGGGCUGGUAACGGCCUCACGGUAAAUGCCAACAUGCUGGAAACUCUUCUUGCAGGGUGUGCCAGAGACUGUCUCAACUCCCGCAAGCGAAGAGAUGAGCUAGUAGAGGCUUUUACCCCAAUGCUAGAAGCUUCCAGUGACCCAGCCAAAGCUGCUGCAGCACUCAUCGAUGCCACACUUGAAUAUCACAAUCGGCAUCUUGACAGCAACGGUGGCGUCUGUAAACUGGGAAAAUUCCACAAUGUCUUAUAUGUCACAGUGUCUGUAGCUGUGGAGCAAAAUGUGCGGGACUCUGAUGCUGUGACGCGCCUGCUUCAAGCUCUUCAUCAUUGUGAGGGAGGUUUAGACCGCCUGGUGGCACCAGCUGUGUUGGGACCUAAGGUGUCGCACAUUCUGAGCUCCUGGCGUGGUGACACCGACACACCAGAGCAGGCCAGACACCGACUUCAGUUCUUUGUGGACCAUGCACGAACCACAUGCCUAGUGUUACCUCAACCAGGGAGACUUCCAGUUCCUCUCAUAGACGCCCCACUCCCCACACUUCAGGGCGCCUCACCCCUCUAUGUUGCUGUUCAGGCCACCGAUGAGGAUGCCGUCUUGCUCCUCCUACAGAAUGGGGCUACACCUGUCCUAAGCGGCCAAUUCUGCCCAUUCCUAUUGGCGCUACGUCGUCUGUCCGCCCAUGCCCAAGCCACCCUUAGUCAGAGGCCUCCCUGCUCUUGCCCAGGCCAUCCUUGUCCUUGUUAUUUCCAGCAUCCUAUUGUGUAUCCACAGGAAGCCCUAUCGGUGCUCCACCUCCUGCUGAGAGCCAUUGGGGCACGACAAGUAGCUUGGGAUGCGGAGGUGCUACACCCACGCGUCCUGUACGAUGGGAUACUUGGGGGACCUCCUUCCCUCAGGCACUGGGCUAGAUACAGCGUGCGGAAGGCGUUGAAGAGGGCUUGGAAGUUGCCCCACGGCACUAGUGACCUGGGACAGCCACAGCGACUUAUCUCCUAUCUUAACCUCUACCUAGACUAAUACCUACACCCUCACAGCCUGACGAACGUCCCAACCCCACUUGGUGAACGUCCUUCUACCCCAAUCAUCAUACAGUAACUUCCCUCUUGUUUAGCUCGUACGGGUUCUUAAGACUGCUUACCCUCCUCUCAUUGUACCACAUGGCCAAUCCAUUUAUACCUUGCUUCUCACUAUUUAUAUAUGUAAUUUCUACUCUUGCUGUAAUAUAUUCAUUCCUCAACUUCUUCCUGAGUGAUACUUACAGCAUCCAUUGCAUUAUUUCAAUCUUAUUUCUUACCAACAACUCCUUGUUCUUAUGUCUCCGUUCCAUAUAUCAACACUGACUUACCUCCCAUGGCAUCCCUCUCAUACACAGCUCCUCCAACUUCACUCAUCUCACCCUGCCUCUAACUCGAAGCUAUUCAUUUUUCAGUUCGUUGUUUCUCCUAUCCAUAAUCCUGAUCCAUAAUAUUCGUGUUUUCUACACCCAAAUCUCUUACCUGUCUUCAACUUCAAACCCUGGAUCUCAGUAGUCUCCUGCCACUGCAGAUCCUUUUACAUGUAUUUCUGUUGUCACAAUUAUUCAACAGUAAAUUUGGUUUUAGUUUAUAUGACACUCAUGCAUAUAGAACAUGUUUUAUCUGUUACUAAUGUGAGUCACAGCUGACACCAGUACAACUACAUGUUAUGUCUAUUGUUUAUGUGUCACAUCUUCAUAAAUGAAUACUUUGUCUAUUGUUUACAUGGAAUCACACCUCUGUACUGUAUACUGUGUAACUUAAUUUUUUUCGGUUGUUUAGAUGAUAAUCAUGACUGAUUAACUGUACAGCUUAUAUGAUAGAAAUGCAUGCAUCAAUACAUUUUGUAUGUAUUUGUCAUUCAUAAUCAUGAAAUUGUAUCAGUA